GUAUUAUUUAGAUAUGUCUAAUGCAGGGAUUUUAGAUUCUAUCCCCACUUGGUUUUGGGGAACAUUCUCUCAAGCUUCUUACGUAAACCUUUCUCAUAAUCAUAUCCACAGUAAGCUUGUGACUACAAUAAGGAAUCCAUUAUCAACCAAAAUUGUUGAUCUAAGCACAAAUCAUUUAUGUGGUAAAUUGCCUUACCUAUCAAGGAAUGUCAAAUGGUUGGAUAUUUCAAGUAAUUCAUUCUCUGGACCCAUGAAUGAUUUCUUAUGUAACAAACAAUUCGAACAAUUUGGAUUAAAUCUUCUCAAUCUUGCAUCAAAUAAUUUGUCAGGGAAAAUACCUGAUUGUUGGAUAAAAUGGCCAAAUUUGAUGGAUGUAAAUUUACAAAGCAACAAUUUUGUUGGGAACUUACCCCCAUCCAUGGGCUCUUUAGCCAUAUUAAAGUCUUGCAACAUUCGUAACAACUCACUCUCAGGAACAUUUCCUGUUUUUUUGAAGAAUAAUAAUGAACUGAUAUCCUUGGACCUUGGGAAAAAUAACUAUUCAGGUGAAAUUCCAACAUGGAUUGGAGAAAGGCUUUUAAAUAUUAAAAUUCUCCGCCUUCGAUCAAACAAAUUUUCAGGUCAUAUUCCAAAUGAAAUAUGUGACAUGAUUUUUCUUCAGGAUUUGGACCUUGCACAAAAUAGUUUGUCUGGAAAUAUACCAAGUUGUUUCAACCACAUAAGUGCCAUGUUUCAAAAGAACAAAAGUACAGAUUUAUUCAUAUAUUCUGAAGAGGACUUCUAUAUGGGACAUAGUAGUGCAAUCAGUAUAUUUUUAGGGAUAAAAAGAAGUGUUUUAGAGUACAAAAGUAUUCUUGGCUUGGUAACAAAUAUUGAUCUUUCUAAUAAUAAUUUAUCCGGAGGGAUACCUACAGAAAUCACAUAUCUAGAUGGUUUGAUUUAUUUAAAAUUGUCCAAGAAUCAAUUGACUGGCCAAAUUCCACCUAGUGCUGGCAACAUGAGAUCAUUAGAAUCCAUGGAUAUCUCAAAGAAUCAACUUUCGGGAGAAAUCCCUCCAACCAUAGCAAACUUGAGCUUUCUCAACGAGCUAGACGUGUCUUAUAAUCAUUUGAAGGGUCAAAUUCCAACAGGCACUCAGAUUCAAAGCUUUGAAGCAUCCAAUUUUGUUGGCAAUAAUUUGUGCGGUCCUCCUUUACCUAUUAAUUGCAGUUUCAAUAAGCAAAUUUCUAGUGUUAAACGCAUUAGAACUGAGGAUGAUGGGCAUGAAGUGAAUUGGUUCUUUGUGAGUAUGACACUUGGAUUUGUUGUGGUAUUUUGUAUCGUUGUUGCACCUUUGUUCAUUUAUAAAUCAUGGAGAUAUGUCUAUUUCUAUUUCCUUGAUGACAUGUUGUACAAAAUGCAAUCAUACUGGUGAUAGUUGGUUUUGUAAUGUAAUAUUGCUAUUGGUAUUUUAUAUGUUGUUGGAAGUAAAAUUGUAAAAGAAUUUCAACUUUGUGAGCAACUUCUUCUUAUUUUAGACUUCAUCUAUAUAGUAUGUUGAUUCAACAAUUUAAUUGAAGUGGCUACAUUUCUUA